AACAGGAAAAUUUUCCGCGUUUUUCUUGAGUUUUCGUGAGUUUUCGUGAAUUUUCGUGCGAUCCAGAGUUCUUAGAGUGAAGUUUGCAACUCCCGCCGUCGUUCCCGUCGAUAAAGAAGCUUGGAAAAAGCAGAAAACCGGAGCGUGAAGAAAAAACCAGAGCCUUUACUACCGCGCCCAAACCUCCCACCAAACUGGAGGGCAAAGCGCGCCCAUGACGACCGCCUGCGGUUUGUCGCAGAACGGAUUCUGUCGCUAGCUGUUGACCUGUUCCGCUUGUUCUUCUUCGAACAAAAAACGAACGGGUUUUUGAGCAAUUUUCGUGCUUUUCCCGGUUUUCCGGCAAAUUGCGCGUCGAGUCGAUGCCGAGAUGCACUCGGACAGCGUUUACCGGCUCGUGGACGAGCUGGUUAAAGCCAUCAGCGAAGAGUGCAACGCAUCGGUGGACGUGAAAGUGCUUAAAAAAUGCCGCUCCCUAACAUUUGGUGUGCUGCUCGGCAAACGAAAGCCUUCAUCAAGGUCGUCUUCGUCCUGUAUCGGAUUGCGGACCGUCGACGAUCCGGUGGAUGCGCUGGAAUGCCAUUAUUUCGAGCUUCUCAUGACCGCCCGCUAUCGCUAUCAGGUGGAACGGAACAAGCGAUUUGAGCAUCUGCUAGAUCAGAUGAAACUCGAUCGCAAAAAGCAUUCCGGCCAGCAGCUGAACGAAUCCGAUCGUACGCUGUUACAGUUUUUGUUACUCUUAAAAAAUCAGUCCCCCGAUGAUAGCCCCGCGGUCCGGAUGCAGACAUCAUUUUUUUUUAACGGAAAAAUGCCCGCCAUAAAAUAUGGACCGUAUCCGAUCUUCAAAUCUGCGGACUUCCGGCUCGACCACCGACUUAUAGAGUCGUGUUACGAUGAGAAAUCGAACCCAUACCUCUACCGUACAACUGCAUCUUCCUGUAACGUCUUUACCGCGCACCUUGCCAACAUGAUCGCUGUCGAGGCCGAACGGGCCGGUCCCCUUCCAGUAGACUGCGGUUACUUUAGCGAUAAUCUAGCCGCAGCGGCACACUACGAUGGACCCUUUCGUUAUAAUCUUCUGAAGAACGGGAGAAAAUGGAAGAAACCGCCCGCACCAGCCUACUGCGAAGCACCGACGGAUACAUUCAAUUGUCCGGAAGCCAAACAAUCAAAUCAAAAACUGAUUUACGGAAUGAACUGGGAGAAUCUUGGUGAACGUUUCGUGCCACAAGAGAAAUCAUUCCUAUCCGAGUGCCAAGGAUCACUGUUCCGCUUGCUAGCGGUAGAAGCUUCCACAAAGUCGCCGAAAGAGCGGCUAGACAUUAAGGUUGUUGGUCAAAGUAACUUUCUGCGUGACAUCAAGUUCCUGUUAAUGGGUAUUAGUUCCAGUGUUUUUCAUUUCGAUGAAUCCAACCGCUUCCUGGCCGUUCCCAAUCUUACGCUCGAGGACGUACGGAUCAGCUCGAUGCAACCGCUGAUUGAUCGGGCAUUAGAGAUCGGUACCUGUUUCCGGCGGCUACAGAUGAUGACGCGCAAAAAUCCGUACACGCUCGAGAUGCUACUGGAGGGUUUCGUGUUCCGGGCGUUCUGUGAAAGUGUUGCCAACUUCCUCUGCUGCUACCGGGUGCUGGUAAACGCGUAUGAGGGCCCUUCGGUGUUGCAGCUGCUUCACACACUAGCACCAGCAACCGAUCAGCUACUGGCGAUGGCUAAGCUAUGCGGUAUUCAUCCGCAGCAUGAAAGUGAUCGUGACUUUCCUACCGGUUCCCGGCUACUCGAUCAUCUCUACCGGGAACUUCUGGAAGCUACACGUCCCUGCGUUAGUGCAUUUCUGCUGAGUACGCUACGGCGCUGUAGCCUCGAGUAUUUUGCCAUCUUUCAGCGUUGGCUAUUCGGUGGUCAGUUGCAUGAUCCUUCUGGUGAGCUGUUCGUGUACUUUGUCGAUCACUAUCGACCGAAUACGAAACACUUCUUCGAUAAGGCGUACCUAAUCAGACGGCACAGUGUACCCGGGUUUCUGAGAGGUUUUGAGGAGGAUGUCCUGCUGUGUGGAAAGUAUGCGCAGCUACUGAAAGCUUUCCGGCCGCUGCAUCCUCUGUUUACGCUUCGUCAACCGGAGCUUACCGUCUGUCUAUCGUUUGAAGCGGUCGAUCAGCUCCGGGUGCGCUGGUUGCGAUACGCGAACCAAGCGCGACAACUGUGUGGUCCCACCGUUUCGGUGCGUGAGUUGUAUGAGGCCCAGGAACGUGCUCACGAGGAGCGUUGCAGGCAAGUGGAGGAAGGCUUUCGCCUGAUUAUGGACAAAUGGCGCCAGGAGCAAACAGCCGAGGAGCAAGAGCUGGAACGCAAAAAGAAGAAACAAUUCGACAUUCUGCUAGGCCAGUUAACGGAAGCCAGGGAAAACAAGCUUGCCGCUAAGCGUCGUGAGCUACUACGGGAAGUCCAGGACGAGCACGAUCGUAUGGAGGUGGACAGUCGCCGGUUACUGGAUGAAAAUUAUGAGCUUGUGCAGCGGGUUGAGAAGUACACUGAGCUCAACCGACUCGCCGAUAAGCAGCUGGAGCGGUUGAAGCUAGCAGAGUUGAGCAUCGUACCGGUAGUGACGGUAUCGAGUGAACCGAACACGGAAGCGGAUAGUGAGGCAGGGUUCCAGAGUUGCCGUGAAAGCUAUGCCAGCGCCACGAGCCCUUCGGUAUACGAGGAUGCACAAAAGUCCCCAGUUUUCAGUAUCAACAGCAGUAGCAGCACCAGCACCAGUAUCAGCAGCAGCAGUGCUCGUGCACCGGAAAAGGAUUUGGAUGCUUCCGGUUCGAGCGUUUCCGAAGAUCUACUCGAAGCCACCAUCGUCGAGUGUCCCAUUGUGCCGCAGAUCGAUAGCCUAGCAACGGAAACGGAUCGUAUUAACUGUAACCUUCCAACGGUAGUGGUUGCCAUGGAAACGAGCGAAGGGGAACGAAACCGUCAGCGGGUACUCGGUUCUACGCUGGCGUCCUACCUAAAGGAGGAUACGGCCAAUGCAAACGUGCCACCACUGGUUAGCGGUGGUGGCCAUGGUGGCGGAAUGAGCAAACUAACCGAAGCGCAGCGCAACAAGUUAAAAAUCUUGUCCCAAGAGUUUGAAAUCGCUCCGACAACGACGACGACGGCGACUAUGGAUGUAAACUGCAAUCGGCUCGAAGAGUCUCGACGGAAUCGUGAGAAAAUUCUUAUCAGUGAUUACACGACCCGGCCAGAAGGUGGUACGACUCCUCAACAACCAGCCAUUCAGGAACUAACGGAACUGCAACGGAAUCGUAGAAAGAUCAUGAAUCAAGAAUACAAUCUAGUGCUGGGUGUUGAUGAGCAUGAUGAUGGACAGAAGCCCGUCCAGAAGGGAACGAUGUACUUGACCCUAGAUACCGACCGAGCUCGUAACCGGCGUCGUGUUAUGGAUUCAGAGUACGCGAUGGGUGCAGGAUUGGCGAGAGUUGAGCAUUGCACCUUCGCCGAUACACCGAUGUCGGUCGAUAGCGAUACAAUGGAGUCUUCGGUGAGUCCUUCCGUGUUUCCCGGACCAGGAUCACAGCAGGAGCCACAGGAUAUCAAUGCAAAUCCGCUGAUAGCAUCCGCAGAUGGAUCACUCAAGCUAGAUGUGGUCGCAGCAGCUGAAGCAGCCGAAAGGUUUGAAUUUGGCCGCCGUUUUGGUAUUCCCGAUACCGCUACCCUGCAGCAGGAAACUCCGGCCAGUGCGCUAAAAGAACCAGAAACGGUGGAUGGGUUCGAUUUUGCCAAAGCAUUAACACUAGAGCGCACCAAGAAAGCGAGUGUUCCAGCUGAUGUCGAAGACGAUGAAAUCUAUCGUGAGUUUGUGCAAGCCCUUCGCAAGCAGACCACCAAUUUCUUCCGUCUAGCGAUCCCUCCGGAACAGGGAGAUGAGGAUGCGGAGGAGAAUGAUCGCACGACCCAUGAUCCUGAGCUUAACAGUCUUGACCCACUGACCAUCACGCGCUUCCUGCAGUAUUCGCUCGUAAUACCACUGCGCGCCCACAUGGAGAUCGUGAACAACGAGAUACUAAAGAUGUAUCUGUACGAUCUGGAUCUGUUAAGCCACUUCGAGAGUUUGCGCAACUACUUCCUUCUGAUGGAUGGCGAAUUCUCGGCUCACAUCUGCGAUAGCCUGUUUGGCCGGCUCGAAACAGUUCAUUCACCCCAUGAGCUGCUGAACUAUCAAAUACUUCACGCGAUCCUCGAUGGUGCACUGUACUGUAGCAAUGCCGGCAGCGAUCCUAAUGCGGAGCGACUUUCAUUCAUUGUGCGCCAAAUACCGGACCAGUUCGAUCUCUACGAUCCGAAUGCAAUCUGUAUGCUGAACCUUAGCUACCGGGUCGAGUGGCCACUGAAUCUCAUCCUAACACCCGAAGCGAUCGAACAAUACACGAACGUGUUCCGGUAUCUGGUGAAGGUACGGCGCAUUAGCUAUGCGCUCGAGAAUGCGUUCGAACUGUUGAAGGAUGCACGGAAACGCAUCGGUAGAGCAUUGCUGCAGUCACCACAGUACGCCCGGGUGCAACUGAUACGCCACAAACUAUCACAACUGGUGAACGCACUGAAAACCUACCUGAGCAGCAUGCUCAGCGCUUCCUGGGAGACGUUCCGAGCGGAUCUGCAGGACGCAACGGAAACAAUGGAAGACCUGUACCGCAAACACCGGACGUACGUAAAGCGCAUCAUCUUCCUGUGUCUGCUGAACAAACGUAGCAUCGAGCUGUACGACAAUAUCGAGAAGGUGUUCCGUGUUGUAAUGCGGUUCUAUUGUCAUCUACGAUCCAAGGAUUGGCAGCUGCAGCCACCAGGCACUACUCAACAGGAGCGCUACGUACAUCCACUGUACGGACAGAUGCUUGUCGAUGAGCUAAAGUUCGAUAAGCUGGUCAAGGGUACGCUACAGAUCGGCAACAAGCUCUACGAUGAAGGUUAUCUGAAGGAAAUAUUCGAAUUUUUGCAUCUCGUCAACACCAAUGGAUAUUAUGAGGGUAACGUGGGAUAAAUGGACGCCCUUCAUAUCAGCGAACUGUUAUUUUAGCUAGCGGAUUGUUUCGACAUCUCUUUAUAUUGUUAACCGAUCUGUUUCUGGUUUCGGGGAGCUGUUAAUGUAUCCUUCGUUUAUCCGUUGUGUUGGAACUGUUUUUAAUGUGUCGCCGUGCGGCAUUCGGUUAACUUAUUUAAAACUCUAACCAAUUCCAUUCAGUAGCUAGGUAGUUAAAGAUCUACGUUUCUUCUGCUCGGCUUAUACCGAGUGUGUAAAUCAAUCGUUUUAUAAAUUGUGUACAUGUGUAAACGCUUAGCAAUCAAAUCUCAUAGGCACAUUUAUACUACUCUAAAUCAUAAAACUGAAAAAUAAAUGAUAUGUCUA